AUGCACCAAUCUAUUACAGACUUCGUUUUUAUUGGACUUGUAAUCACUGUCUAUACUAAUGGUUUGCUGUUGAAGUCAACGGAACGUAUCGACUGUUAUCCAGAACGUGAAUCCUCAUUUUCAAAUUAUUCGAAAGAAACUUGCCUAACACGUAAUUGUCUAUUCGAUGAUAAUGCACUUCCAAAUGUUAUUCAAUGUUAUUUACACCCAAACUAUGGAUACAUUUUACAAUCAGAUAUUCAGCAAACGGAAAAAGGUAUUCGUCUACGAUUACGACGAAAUCAAGCUAUUGACAGUAUGUUUCCUGCACCUAUCAAUAAUGUUGUUCUCGAUGUACAAUAUUAUACCGAUGACAUACUUAGAUUCAAAUUAUAUGAUGAAGAUAAUCAACGAUAUGAGGUACCAAUUCCAUUAACUCCACCAUCUGAUCAAAUUUUAUCACCUCAAUACGAAUUUCUAUAUUCAUCAAAUUCUUCACGUGACAAUCUUUUAUCAUUUGCAAUUCAACGUCGCAGUGAUCGAGCAAUAUUAUUCGAUACAUCACCUGGAGGUCUUGUACUGAAUAAUCAAUUUCUUCAAAUAAUCACACAACUUCAAUCAUCUCAUGUAUAUGGAUUUGGUGAGAAUAAUCAUGAUACUUUGAAACACAAUGUUAGCGAACAUAAAUCAUGGGGUAUAUUUGCUCGUGAUCAAGGUACUAAUUGGGAUCGAAAUGCAAAUCAUUAUGGUUCACAUCCAUUCUAUCUUGUUAUGGAACAGUUAUCAAAUUCUAAUCAAACACCAUCAGGUAACAUGCAUGGUGUUCUAUUGCUCAAUUCAAAUGCAAUGGAUUAUUCAUUUUCAUCGUUACCAUCGUUAACCAUACGUACUAUUGGUGAACAAGUCAUUCAACAAUAUACAUGGCUCAUUGGUCGAUCGAUUCUUCCACCUUAUUGGUCACUUGGUUUUCAGCUUGCUCGUUGGGAUUAUUCGAAUUUAACACACAUGCAAAUGGUUGUUAAACGAAAUCGUGAUGCUGGAAUACCACUUGAUGUUCAAUAUGCUGAUAUUGAUUAUAUGGAUGCAAGAAAGAUUUUUACUAUCGAUCCAGUUCAUUAUCGUGGAUUAAAAGAAUAUUUUGCUCAAUUAAAUACUGAAGGAAUUCGGACCAUUGUUAUACUUGAUCCUGGUAUGAUUGAUGAUCAAGUAUAUUAUCAACCAACAGUUCAAGGUAUUGAAGAAGAUGUUUUCAUCAAAUGGGAUGAUAAACAAACAUUAGUGAAAGGAUCUUGUUGGCCAGGCGAUGUAUUCUUUCCAGAUUUCUUUCUCAAUCAAACUCAUGUUUGGUGGUCACGUUGGAUAAAUGAUUUUCGACGAAUCAAUGUAUCAUUUGAUGGACUUUGGAUUGAUAUGAAUGAACCGGCUCUCUUUGAUACUAACAAUGAUAUUCCAUGGAAUUGGAUGCAAACUGGUAGCAAUCACACAUUAAAAUGUCCAUAUAACGAAUGGGAUAAUCCACCUUAUCGAACCAAAGCUGUAUAUCGUUACGAUGGUAAUUGGGAUCGAAUUGCUCGUAUUUCCGAUCGUACAAUGUGCAUGUCAAUUCGACAAGGUGAUAUUGAUCCGAAAACAGGUCAACCAAAGUAUCGUCAUUAUGAUGUACACAGUUUGUAUGGAUGGAGUCAAACGAAGCCAACAUUAGAUGCAAUGCGAUUAAUAACUGGUAAACGAAGUUUAGUUUUGCCUCGAUCGACUUUUGUUGGUUCGGGUCAAUGGAGUGGUCAUUGGCUAGGAGAUAAUGAUGCAACAUGGGAUGAAAUGAAACGAUCAUUAAUUGGUAUGAUUGAAUUCAAUUGGUUUGGCAUUCCAUUUAAUGGUGCUGAUAUAUGCGGAUUCGGUGGAAUACCAAGUGAAGAAAUGUGUAUUCGUUGGAUGCAAGUUGGUGCUUUCUAUCCAUUUUCUCGAAAUCAUAAUGUUCGAGAUACACCAGAUCAAGAUCCAGCAUCAUGGCCUACAUCAGCUGUGGCUAUUAUGGUUUCCACACUUCGUAUUCGUUAUACUCUACUUCCUUAUUAUUAUACACUUUUCUACAAAGCACAUACACAAGGUUCAACAGUAAUUCGACCACUAUUUCAUGAAUAUCCGACAGAUAAAGUUACAUUAGAUAUAUUUCUUCAAUUUCUCAUCGGAUCAUAUAUUAUGAUAGCACCUGUGACUGAUGAAAAUGCUCGACAAGUUCAAGUUUAUAUUCCAUCAUCACCAUGGUACAAUUAUUAUACGGGUGUAAGGAUUCCGGCAAAUAAACAAUCGAUAUCAAUGGAAGCACCUUUAGAUACAAUUCCUAUUUUGCUUAAAGGUGGAGCUAUUGUGCCAACACAAGGCUUUGCUAACAAUACAAAAUUUUCAAGAGAACAAUCAUUUGGUCUCACCAUUGUGAUUGAUUCGAAUGGAAAUGCUGACGGUGAUCUAUUCUAUGAUGAUGGUGAAUCAAUCGAUACAAUUUCUUCGAAAACUUAUUUUUAUGCGACAUUCAAUUGGUCAUCAAGAGAUGGUCAAUUAACGAUGAAUGUUGUUCAAAAUAGCUAUCCACAUAUGUCAAAUUUGAUUCUGGACUCGUUGACUUUCUAUGGACUCGAUCCAAUAUCAACUACGAUUCAUGUUAAAGGAAAACAAUUCCAUCCAGCUGUACGACCUAAUACAAACAUAGUUGAAGUCACUGGUUUAGGAUUGUCGAUGGGUGAAAAUCAUAUUUUUACAAGCAAAGGCAUGGCUAUUUUCGUCCCUCACUAUUUACUUUUCAUGUGCUUUACUCUCUGGGCUAUACGAGGUCUUUUGAUCGAGCAUUGA